CAGAGAGCCUUACUAGUAACUCUGCGCACUUGUGGACCGGGUGCUGACGGCGUAUUUUUCGGAACUAAACUCAACGAAGCAGUAUCUGAGGCCAUUCUUCGAGGGGCGACCACAGCGGGUGCCGGCUUGCUCUCCACUUUGGGCUCAGCUGCCUUGGGUGGAGGAGUUUCUGCUGUUGGCUUUCUCUCUACUCUAGGUUCAGCUGCCCUGGGUGGAGGAGUUUCUGCUGCUGGUGUUUUUCUCUCCACUUUCGGUUCAGCUGCUUUGGGUGGAGGAGUUUCUGCCGGCGUUUUUUUCUCCACCUUGGAUUCAAUUUUCCUGGGUGGGGGCGCUUCAGCUUUCGGUGAAGGUGGUUUAGUCUCCGCUUUUGGCUCAGGUUUUUUAUUUACAGGAGCUUUUUGUUCCGCCUUGGCCACCUCUUUUCCCUUGUCUGCUUUUCCUUUAGCUGCUUCAACAGUACUCCUCCGGAGUUCUUCCUUUUUGACCGGAGGUUUUGCUUCUUUUUCAGAAGGUCUCUCGAAUUUUGCUUUUUGUUCCAUAACAGGUGGGACUUCCAUUUGAGAUCUCUCCAUUUUUGCUUUUUGUUCUUUUACAGGUUGAUUUUCCGCGUUAGUUACUUUCCGGGAGGUUUCAUCAUCACAAGCAGUUUUGUCCAAUGAUAAUGGCGGAGGAUUCAUUUCAACAUUCUGUUCCUCGAGCCGUCUUCUCUUCCUCAGCACAUCUCCUCCCCAAGCAUUAGGUACAUACUCUGGAUGAAGAAGCAUUUCGUCUAGCAGGAUACGUUUCGCCUUUGCCGAGUUCAGCAGAAAUAUUCGAAGCUCGUUGUCGACGAAAUCAUCGAACAAAUUCGAUUUGGUCAGUAUCACUUCAAUAGCAUGAGAAAGCGCUUUGUCAAUAAGCAUAACAACCGUAGGCGUUGGCCUCGGAUCGGAAGCUUCAAAAAAACUGCGCAAUAGUGUCCGUUCAACAUUUUUGAUGGUGUCCUCGAGCAAGUGAUUCCGAUGCAUGAUCUCCAAACCACGUAAUGCAAUUGCCUCCUGUUCUGGUGUCCACCUUUUCCUCUUGUCUAUGUUCUUCGGCAGAAGCACAUCGUUGCAGAUAUGCAUUCAACGAUAUGAGCUCCUCAAUUUCUUGUCUUUUUCUCGAAUACGUUUUUGCAUUCCUUUCAUUUGCAAUUUCAACUUUUUGUUUGCUAGCUCAAGCUCCUCAAUUCGAAGGAUGAGUACUUUCACUUCAGUGGAGCUUUCCUGA